AUGACACACGUUAGAUGUUCUUGUCGUCCGGAACUGAUCAAACCGUCACUCCCCACAAUCACAUACUGGGAAUGGCUCCAGAAAGAAUUCUAUCGGACACAUGCCCCAGACAUGGUUCGUAAUUCUGAUGCCAUCAGGUUGUGCAUGAAGCCUGCUCCCGUUGGGAUUCAGGUCCGUCCCAACCCCAAAUCAGUGAGUUCUGAUGGCGAUCCGAUGCAGCUGGAUCUCCCACCGGGAGCAUACAUAGAAUGUGUGCUCCAUGGAAAGAAUGGAACUACACCGGAUAUGCAUGUAUACACGCCAGAUCGAUUCAACCGAUCACGCUAUGGCAACCAU